AUGUCGGAAUACUUUAAGAAAGGGACACCAAAAACCCAUUUUAUCAAACUCAACAACAUCUUUUCCAUCUUCAUCUUCAUAUUCAUCUUUUCAUCUUUUGUGUCUCUUUGUUCUUACACUCACCAUUUCUCCUCUUUCGAUAGACAUUACAUCUUCCUCCUCUGCAACGGAAUCCUUGUUUUUCUCAUCAUGAACUUCGAUCCUAACCACGUUUCUUCACCAAAAGACAUUCAAUCAGUCGUCACAAGUGAAAUCAACCACCCACCUCUGCUAGUCCCAUCAGCCAUGGAACCAAUAGCUGCUGUUAUAAAAGAAGAAGAAGAACAACAACAACAACAAAUAAAAAACGAAGAUAAUGAAAUCGAACAAAUUGAGAAUGAGGUUUUUGUGUUUGGAGAUCAUAAUUCUCUUUCAAUCAUGCAUGAUCAAAUUGAAUAUCAAAAGGCUGAGAAUCUUAUUGCUUCCAUUGAUGAACAAGAAACAGAGGAGUCGAAAGAAGCAGCAGAAACAAAGGAAUUGAACAAGAAAUGUGCGGAAUUCAUAACAAAGAUGAGAGAAAGAAUGAGGUUGGAAUCAUCGAGUCGACAUACACUAGUGCUACAAACCCAAACAAAUGCAACAAUUACUUUUUAA